GCGAAAGCCAUCUCAGAGCAAGGAUUUCGUCGCAUCCUGGCAGGCGUGAAUGCUGGCACUGCCUUUGGGCGUGGCUGCUACUUUGCCGAGGCUUCGUCUAAGUCGGAUGAGUAUGCGCAGCCUGACAGUGACGGGCACUUCGUGAUGCUUCUCUGCAGAGUGGUUUGCGGAGAGAUGUUCCGCAUCACC